ACGACAGCAUGCGCGAUCGAUCCCAACUUCCAGGCAAGAUACACAAUGUAGAAUAUGAACACGACAUACGCUACGCCGUGCAACUGUGUCGGUGGAUUCUGAAUCCAAUCGGUAUCUGGCACCUGAUUUACGGUCGUUCGUCGCAAAGCGAGAAGCUUCUUUCAUUAAUGCUGAUCCUCGCGUGCUUCUUCAGUCUGUGCUUCGUGCUUGUACCCGCCAUUCCGUACAUUUUGCUCCGCGAGAAGGACAUCGACAUCAAGGUCAAGCUCUUCGGACCGGUCGGCUUUUGUCUAACUUCCGCGAUCAAGUAUUGCUUCCUCAGAGCGCGCGUCUUGGCGAUCGGAAGAUGCGUCGAACAUGUCGAGAGUGAUUGGCAGGUCGUGCGACAUCAGGAUCACCGUAAAAUGAUGUUGAGAAACGCGCUGAUAGGCCGCAGACUAACGACGCUGUGCGUAAUUUUUCUUUACACUGGCGGCAUGUCCUAUCAUACGAUCAUGCCAUUGUCCAGUGCCAUUGCCAACACGAAGACGAACGGUAGCUUCACGAGCAGACCAUUAGUUUAUCCGGGAUAUGAUAUAUAUUUCGACCCUCAAGCAAGUCCCGCUUAUGAGAUCGUCUUUUUCAUGCACUGUCUGUCCGCUAUGAUACAGUAUAGCGCUACGACGGCAGCGUGUAGUCUGGCUGCGACCUUUGCGACGCACGCAUGCGGUCAAGUGCAAAUAUUGAUGACACUUUUGGACGAUCUAGUCGAUGGAAAGAGGAUUAAAGGCACGGUGGAGAAACGUCUGAGCUUGAUAGCGAAGCAUCACGUGCGUGUGCUGAGAUUUACGGCCGAUGUGGAGGAAAUAUUACGUGAAAUAUGCUUACUGGAAUUGGUGGCCGCAACCUUGAUUAUAUGUUUGCUCGAAUACUAUUGCUUAAUGGUAAGGAGAUUACGAUAUAUAGCUGAUAAAGAUAGAAUGACGCUUUCAGUACGAAAGCUUCCAAAGGGAAACGCAGUCCUAGUUAUACGUUUGUCUUCUCAGGAAUGGGAGAAUAGCGACGCCGUGGCCAUUUUCACGUAUUUUAUUUUAUUGAUAUCUUUAACGUUCAACAUUCUGAUAUUUUGUUAUAUCGGCCAACUCCUCGUGGAAGAGUUUAGCAAAAUCGGUUCGGCUGCGUAUGAGGUUAAUUGGUAUAAUUUGUCCGGCCAUCAGGCUGUUGAUCUUGUUAUGAUCAUCACAAUGUCCCAUUACCCACCUAAACUUACGGCUGGCAAGUUCUGCGAUUUAUCCCUUAAUACUUUCAGCACCGUACUUAAAACAUCCGUAGUGUAUUUAAAUUUACUUCGGACAGUUACGCAAUGAAAUUUAUACAUUCCUUAUUAUUGUUCCUAGCAGCAAGUUUGUUAUAGAUACGGAUAUAUUUUUUGCCAACAAAUAUUGUAUAGAAAUCGAUAAUAAA